GUUUCAGGGAAGAAGACGAAGAUACAAGAUAAUGGCUACUACUACUCCGAUUAAACAAGUAUAAGCUCGAAGAAUCAAAUAAUCUUCUCUAAGCAUGUCUGGAACAAUGCGAACAAUUCAAGCUUUUGACCUUUUCAUUUCCUCAAUUUCCUUACAAAUACGGGAUUCGUUGUGGAGUAUGUCGUUAUCUGAGAAAGUAAACAGAGUUUUUACUCCACAAGUGUCUUUGAUUUCUCGGGAAAAACCCUUGAGAGUAAAGUCAUGGCCUUUGCACGCCAAGUGUUUGUGUUAUUGUCUGUGUUAGUGGUGAGUUGGGGAUUGGAGAGAUGUGAGGCUGCUGGGAAGUUCAGCUUCGAAGUUCACCACAUGUUCUCUGAUACGGUCAAGCAAACUCUCGGGGUUGGCGAUCUAGUGCCCGAAAAGGGAAGUUUGGAGUACUUCAAGCUUUUGGCCCAGCGGGAUCGGUUGAUCAGAGGUCGAGGUCUUGCCUCCAACAACGAAGAAGCCCCUGUUACUUUCAUCCGGGGAAAUCGCACGGUUUCUAUCGACCUUUUGGGAUCCCUGCAUUACGCCAAUGUCUCUGUGGGAACACCGGCCACUUGGUUCCUGGUGGCUCUGGACACCGGCAGCGAUUUGUUUUGGUUGCCUUGCAAUUGUGGUACUACUUGUAUCCGUGACUUGGAGGACAUUGGACUUUCACAGAGUCUACCACUCAAUCUAUACAGUCCCAAUGCAUCUUCUACAAGUUCAAGCAUUCGAUGCAGUGACAAGCGUUGUUUUGGAUCAGGAGGGUGUUCUUCUCCUGCAAGUGUUUGCCCUUAUCAGAUCCCGUACCUUUUUAACACCACAUCCACCAGAGGGACAUUGUUUGAGGAUGUAUUGCAUUUGGUCACAGAGGACGAGGGUUUAGAGCCUGUUAAAGCUAAUAUCACGCUUGGUUGUGGUCAGAAUCAGACAGGUUUGUAUCGGAAAAGUUUGGCUGUGAACGGUCUUCUUGGGCUUGGUAUGAAAGAUUACUCAGUUCCGAGUGUACUGGCAAAAGCAAAUAUCACUGCAAACUCUUUCUCAAUGUGUUUCGGGAAUAUUAUUGACUUUAUCGGAAGAAUCAGCUUCGGUGACAGAGGCUACACAGACCAGCUAGAGACACCACUAGUUCCUAUUGAACCAAAUCCAACAUAUGCUGUGAAUGUGACCGGAGUAACAGUGGGGGGAGAUAUUCUCGAGAUUCAGAUGCUAGCUCUCUUCGACACUGGCACAUCAUUUACACACUUACUGGAGCCAGCAUAUGGUCUUCUUACCAAAGCUUUUGACGAUCAUGUAACUGAUAAGCGACGCCCGAUCGAUCCUGAGAUUCCAUUUGAGUUCUGUUACGACACAAGUCCAAAUAUUACAAGCUUUAAAUUCCCCAGAGUAAAUAUGACUUUUGUAGGAGGAUCCAAACUGACUCUGAGAGAUCCGCUUUUCACAGACGAUUCCGCCAUGUACUGCUUGGCUAUUCUGAAGAGCGUGGAUUUCAAGCUUAACAUUUUCGGACAGAACUUGAUGUCAGGCUACCGCAUUGUAUUUGACCGGGAGAGAAUGAUUUUGGGUUGGAAGCGGUCUGAUUGUUUCGAAGAUGAAAGCUUGGAAUCUACCACUCCUCCACCACCAGAGAUCGAAGCUCCUCCACCAAGUGUAUCCACGCCACCACCUCUUCUUCCUCCUCCUGCUACUUCUGCUACACCACCCCCGAUCGAUCCUCGUAACUCUACCAGAAACUCUGGCACAGGCGGUUCAGCCAACCUCAGCCAUCUUGCAGCUCAACUCCUACUUCUCCUACCUCUUUUGGCCUUCCUCUGAAUCACAGAAGCCAUUUGUUUUGUGUUGGUUUGACCAUUUUAUGUUCAUUUAAUAAUAAUCUUCGUUUGAU